GUACGGUGCAGAAAGAAUAAAUCCCAAUUUUUGGUGUGAAAAUAAGAGUGGCGUAUUUUAAAGGCCCAUCGGCUUAUCGAUUUCUGAUUCAGCCAGAAAUUCCUGCAGCAGUUUGUUUCCUGUGAAGAUCGGCAUCUAGGGUUCGAGAACCCUGUACCCUGGGAGCUUCACGAUCAACUUCUGUUAAUCUGACUCCAAAGGUUAUACUCUGUCGAUCUUGAUAUGUGUUGUUGGCUAUUCUCACUCAUUCCAAUUAUGGAAUGUGAUCUAUGAUCAUUUCAACACUCACAAAGGCAAGGGCUUGUAUACUCAGAACCGAACUGCACAAUGUCAAAAAAGUUGGAUCGUGGAGGAGGAAGGGACCGGUUUAGGAGGGAUCACCCUUCAAGGUAUGAAGAUAGCAAGGGGAAUGGGGUCAGUGGACGUGAUAACCGCAGCAACAACCCUCCUUCCAGGCAUCUCUGGGUUGGGAAUCUAUCCCACAGUAUUGUAGAAGAAGAACUUGCUCACCCUUUCUUGCGAUUUGGACCACUGGAGAAUGUUGCAUUCCAGUCUGGCCGCAGCUAUGCUUUUGUUAAUUUUAGAAGGGAUGAAGAUGCUAUUGAUGCCAUGAGGGCACUGCAAGGUUUUACUCUUGCUGGCAAUCCACUUAGAAUCGAGUUUGCAAAGGCGCUUAAAUCCUAUGCUUAUCAUGUCAUUCUUUUCCACUGGUGGGUUGGAAUUUGGAAUGACGUAUCUGUUGGGGUCUAGUGAUAUUGAGGACACUGAAGUGGCAUUGUUGAUUCACGGUUUCAUUUAGUUUAAUUAUGAAGACAAACAGAAGGUAGUUAAUUGCUGAGAUAUGGAGAAUAAUGGGUCAUUGUUAAUGCAAAAGCAAAAUACAAGCAAUUAAGAAAAAUACAAAAAGAAAAAGGAGAACUUAAACAGAACAAAUCUACUCAACCCCUUGCAUAAAUGUUAGAGAAAUUCCCUUAAAGAGACGUAUGCUUUAAACAACAUUGAAACCAAACGCCAAAUCUUAGCCUCUAUGGGCUUAACCAUAUAUAGCAUAGAUUGAACUUUGCUGAAAGGGUAUAGCCUAAUUAAUAAAUACUUACAGAUGUUUAUAAACAUUCUUUGCUUGUUAUGCAUUCGAUGAUGCUACAGUUUAAAUUGUUUGACAUUUACAUUAAAUGUUAUUUAUAGUAUGUGAUUAUAUGUGAGUUUCAUCUUUUGUAUUUCGUUAAUCUCACUUUGAAAAUCUGCAGCAAGAGGUGGUACUAUCUGUUCAUUGUUUAUGUAUUUGAAUCAUAGCUCAUUAUCCAACAUAAAAUAUGUAGUUGUCUGGGUAAAAUUAGAUUUGCAUUGUGUACUUUUUAUGAUGAUCUCUGCCAAUUAAAACCUGGAAAAAUAUUGGCCAAAUUUUAUAUUAAAGGGAAUGGAAACAAAAAAUCCUAAGAAGUGUUAUAUCUUGAUUAAUUUAGUUGGCAAACUGAUUAGCAUGUCUCAUAAAGUAGGAAAAUGGUAAGAUACGCAGUGGGCUCCAUCAUAUUGGUUGAGUUUGGUCAGUGUUUUUGCUUCUUUGUAUGUAUAUAUAAGUUGCUACAUAAUGUAAACCCUUCAUUUUUGAAUAGUUCUGGCUUUUCUGCCAUGCAUAGGCUACUUGAUGCUUUUAUUGUUCAGUAAAUUUUAGUUCUU